CCAACCUGGCCAGAAGGUCUGGCUAUCCACCCGCGAUAUCAGGAUGCGUCUGCCCUGCAAGAAGCUCAGUCCCAGAUUCAUUGGUCCCUUUACCAUAACAGAACAAAUCAAUCCGGUGACAUUUAAGCUUCAGUUACCACCACAAUACAAGAUUCACCCAGCCUUCCAUGUAUCUCUGCUUAAACCUUUCUAUCCCUCUGUCUCCGUCUCUACAGAGCCUGGCGAUUCGGCAGAUCCCCCCUUACCACUAAUCGUAGAGGAUGGAGCCGCUUACCAGGUCAGUGAGAUCUUGGACUCCCGACGCCGUGGUGGUCUUCUGGAGUAUCUUGUGGACUGGGAAGGCUAUGGUCCGGAGGAAAGAUCAUGGAUUCCCCGACAUGACAUCCUCGAUCCCUCCUUGUUAACUGAAUUCCACGCUGACCAUCCAGACCGACCAGCCCCCCGAGGAAGGGGAAGACCACCGCGACGUCGGGGUCCUCGGUCCUCAGGAGCGGACCGUGAAGGGGGGGGUACUGUCACAGACACGCCAGGCUCCACCUCAUCUCAGCCACACCGUUCCUCCUCACCAGAAUACUAAUCACCAGCACCUGUCAUCCAUCACACACCUGCACAUAAUCAACCACUCUACUCCCUACAUAACCCAGCUCCUCACCUCAGUCAGUGUCCGGUCUCGUUCACUAAAAGAACAGAGCUACGCCUGCUACCUUCAGUGUACUACGGACUCUACUACGACGCUAGUCUACGUUUCCAGUCUCCUAAGAUUCGCAAAACCUUCACUCGACUCCAGGCUCCUGUGGACAACAGUGUUCACCCGGCUCCGGAGUGUCUCCCGUCACCAGUGUGGUGAAUCCAGUUCCCGUCGCCUCGUAGGCAGCUAUCCAGCACCUGCACUUCACUCCAACCAGUGAUCCAAGGGACGGUAUCUUCUAUGCUCUCAUCAGUUCUCUUAUUAUCCCUGUAAUAAAUAUACCUGCGAAAUCACCUUA